UGAGAACUUAUUUUUUCUCCUAGCACCGUCUAGGCCUCACUAAGCACCACACAUCUCUCCGCUAUGUGAGAUGUAAAUCAACCUUACUCUAAAUUCUUUCAGGUUCCUCAUGCAGUGGCGGGCUUGCCCUCGUGGAUGCUCGCCAAAUCCCUAUAUAUCUAUCUCACAUCUGCGAUAUCCAGAACGAACGUGUGUUGUCAUGGGGCCCGAAGGUCGAGCUAGUCAUACACUUGCAAGGGGCCGCAUUGCGUACAAUUGCGUACAUGAAGAUUAAAUUCAGUUGUGACGCACCAUUUGGCUCUUGUAUAAAGACAUGCUGCCCAUAAAGAAGGAUUCGUGUGAUUCCAAGAGCAUCGAAACUGCCUCAGCAAUACUUACAGCCAUAAUGAUAAACUUCCCCGUGUUCCUCUUGUUGACUUUUUUCCAUCUUACAUCCUGCAGGGCUACCACUGUUCUGCUGGAUAGAAACUUGGCGUACGGUUCGCCCUUUUCUGGGCACACUCAGUCGGCCAUUGAUACCAGGGAAAUCGCCAAAAGACAUAUCGCGCAUGCCCGUCGCCAAACUAGUACCGAAGACGCGUCUCCAUUUGUGGAUAAACAUUAUCCCACCUUCUACGGAGGCGACUUCAGCAACAGCCCUACGAUCUGGAAGGGUGGACUGAAUUUCACGCACUCUGGUACGCUUGGGGAUCCAUUUAAUACGUCGGUCUUGCUCUGGACUCGCGCAGUCCCAGUUUCUCCUUCCAAUACCACGCAACUACCAGACCAAAGCGUCCCCGCUUGCCUUUCGUUCGCAAUAUCGACUUCUCCGGAUCUGCAAGGAGAACCUAUAGACACUGGCGAAGCAUUUACUAGCUACGAUGUGGACUGGACACUCAAAGUAGAGGCAACUGGCUUGACUCCCGAUACCAAAUACUUUUUCCAAUUCUCAGAUUGCACUAAUUCUUCUAGUGUGAGCCCGGUUGGGACAACCAGAACUCUUCCUUCCCCGGACACCCCCGCAGAGGAAGUUAAUGGAGGUAACCCUAUCACAUUGGCAGUAUUCUCAUGUUCGCAGUAUCAAGCAGGUUGGUUCAAUGCGUAUGGAUAUGCGGCACACAGUACUAGUGCGGAGAUCUUUCUACACCUAGGAGAUUAUAUUUAUGAAUCUCUAGGAAACGGUGCUUCUAUUGGUCGACAAACACUUGGACGAGAGCUUGCUACUGUGCAUGACUAUCGUCAACGUCUCAAUCAGUAUCGUACAGAUGAAGGGCUUCUCGCGGCGCAUUUGAGUGGACCUUGGAUUACAGUUUGGUUUGUAGCAGACCAGUCGUGGAAAGCAGGAACAGCAGACUCCAACGACAGGUAUCUGCAUUCCCGAUUCCCGAUCUCGGGAUACUCAUUUGUUGUUUGUAGUGCAUACCACGAAUGGAUGCCUAUUAGACAAGUCACCGUCGAUGAUAAACUGCGGAUUUGGCGAAACUUUGAAAUUGGGAAGCUAUUGGAUCUGACUAUGCUUGACACGCGCCAGUAUGACAGAGAUAUCACGGACGUAAGUAUCGCCUUUGAUACGGUGCACUACACGGAAUACGUUCAACUGAUGCAUUAUAUUCGACAGCUUUAUUACAAUACUGUCAUCAACACAUUGGCGGCCUACCCUAACCGUUCGUUAAUGGGGUUUGAACAAGAAAAAUGGUUCUUCAACACGCUUUCUCAAUCUCAAGAUCGCGGAGCCGCAUGGCGGGUGGUAGGACAGCAAAUAGUAUUCACGCAGCUCAACGAGAGUGGGGAUGCAUGGGAUGGCUAUCGUGCUAAUCGUGAACGUGUCCUGGGCUAUCUAUAUGAAAAUAAGAUCAACAACACAAUUGUUCUUUCUGGAGAUAGCCAUGCGAAUUGGGCGUCAGACCUUGCUCAUCCUAAUGACUCAACUACGUACGACCCUUUAACCGGUCAAGGUGCGAUUGGCGUGGAGUUCGCCGGGACUGCGGUCACUUCUGGUUCUUCGUUUGGUACCGACAUUUCACCUGCUGCAGCAGACGUGAAGUCUCAACAGUAUGUUGCCGCGAAUUUGGACUUACAAUGGAGUGAGGGUUCUUAUCGGGGCUUCUUUACUCUUGUCAUCGGCCCCGAAGUGCUCAAUGCUACUUAUUAUGCGAUGAAAAACAUCACAUUUGCUAAUCUAGACGGUUUCGCCAGUGCCAAUUUUGUGGUAAAAGCCGGGGAAAAUAAAAUAUCAAGGCCUGUAGCGGGGGGAUCAACUUUGGCGGGUGCACUCAAAUUCAAUGGAACUGAAGGACAUCUGUACAAGAUUUGUACAUACUCUACUGUACCGUGAACGCUCAUGCAAAUAUUAUUUGUUGGUUCUACCUGGCUAUCUUGAUUCCACAAAGAACUGAACAACAUUCUUAUCUUGAUCGAAUCGAUUAGUUAUCCCCAGAUUUCGAGCAGGGACCUGCACUCUUCAUAAAAGACACGUGUGGCAUAAGCUCAUAG